GCAACAGAGCAGAGCAUGGCGCAGCCCAUAUCAGCAGGCGCGGCGGCAAGUGCCGCAGCCGCAGCCGUAGCAGUAUCCCCCAUCCCGGCCGUUUCUCCGACAGCCAGCCCGGUCUCUGAGACCCACUCCGCGGGGCUCUCUCCAGCGGCGGACGGCUCCCAGCGGCUCCUCUUCUCCCACGACUUGGUGUCGGGGCGGUAUCGCGGCUCCGUCCGCUUCGGCCUGGUGCGGAUGAUCCAUGGUGAGGAGGAUUUUAACUCGGACUCGGACCUCGACGAUGGCGGAGGGAGAGGAGGUGGAGGAGGAGGAGGAGGAGGCCGGGUCUCGGUCCCGGUCCCGUACGGCUCGGAUACGGAGAGCGCUGCGGACACGCGGAGCCGGCCUCUCGGAAGAGGGUUCGUGCGCGUGCAGUGGUACCCCGAAGGAGGGAAGCAGGACAUCCGCGAGACAAAGCUGAAACUCGAAGAUCGAUCCAUCGUUAUUAGAGACAUUGUGCGACGGAUGCAUUCCUGUGACAACCAGUGUGGAAUUGUGACCAACAUUGACAUUGAGUGUGCUGUGAAACUAGUAGGAACCAACUGUGUGCUAUACCCAGUCAACAGCAAAGACCUGCAGCACAUUUGGUCUUUCAUGUAUGGCGACUACAUUGCCUAUGACUUCUGGCUGGGGAAAGUAUAUGACCUGACAAAUCACAUCAUCCUUAAGCUGUCCAAUGGAGCCAGGUGUUCAAUGAGCGUGGAGGAUGGUGCCAAGCUUUACGAUGUCUGUCCACAUGUCAGUGACUCGGGCCUGUUUUUCGAUGAGGCGUACGGCUUCUACCCAGGCCAGGUGCUGAUUGGGCCAGCAAAAGUCUUUUCUAAUGUCCAGUGGCUGUCUGGGGUCAAACCCGUCCUCAGCAAGAAGUUCAAGUUCAGGGUUGUUGUUGAAGAGGUCAAAGUCGUGGAGCUAAAGGUGACGUGGAUCACCAAGAGCUUCUCUCCUAAAGGCUCUGACAGCGUCUAUCCCCCUCCAUCCACCAUCACACAGGAGAACCUCCACAGGGUGAGACGUCUCGGCUACUACGACCACACCCAGAGGCAGCUCGGAGAGAGGGCGCUCUAUAUUUUCCCCGCCAAGGGGGACGCCACGCGUAUCACUUGUGAAGGACUUGAGGGAGCCCCCAUCCUGCCUGAGGACCCUGUGGCCAGGAAGUUAAAAAGGAUGUUCAAGAAAGAUGCAGGGAAGAAGACAGUGGAGAACACGGAUGCACAAGGGGACCAAAAGUCUGAGCAAACAGAGACAUCCCUCCAAUCAAACAAUGGUCCCGUGGAGGCCCCCCAGGAGGCCCACAACCCUGCAGACAGUUGGGCUGAGCCCGGGGAGCAGGAUGCAGACGAUGAGGCGGCGGAGGACACCGAUGAUACCAGCUCCCUCACUUCCUCGGCUAGCUCCACGGCCUCCUCUCAGAGCGGGGGUCUGGGAACAAACCGCAAGAAGAGCAUCCCCCUCUCUAUCCGCAACCUGAAGAGGAAGCACAAGAAGAAGAGGACCAAGUUCUCCCGUGAAUUCAAGCCAGGAGACAGAGUGGCGGUGGAGGUGGUGUCCACGAAGACCUCGGCUGAUGUGAUGUGGAAGGACGGGCGGGUGGAGAAAGGGAUUCGGUCCAACGAUCUCAUUCCCAUCCAGCACCUCGACAGCCACGAGUUCUGUCCUGGGGACUUCGUGGUCGACAAACGACCACAAGCCCUUCAGGACCCAGGCGUGUAUGGAGUGAUUCAGUCUGGUGAUCACAAGGGUCGGACGUGUGCUGUCAAGUGGAUCAAACUCAAUUCCACCAGCGACGAUGUGGAGGUGAUAGGCGAGGAGGAGGAUGUCAGCGUGUAUGACAUCGCAGAUCACCCAGACUUCCAUUUCCACACCACAGACAUUGUCAUCAGAAUAUGGAACUCGGAGAACGGAAACACGAAUGACUGCGAGAACGAGACAUCAGUAGGUCAGGUCUCCAGGGUGGACGUGAGCAGCAAGGUGGAAGUGGUUUGGGCCGACAACUCCAUGACCAUUGUCCUCCCACAGCACCUGUACAAUGUGGAGUCAGAGAUUGAGGAGACAGACUACGACUCGGUGGAGGAGACGAGCAGCGGCCUGUCAACUGAGGAGUGGGAAGACGAGAGUGACAGCUGGGAGACUGAUAAUGGCCUCACCACUGAGGAUGACAGCCACGUCAACAAUGCUGAUGUCAACUCCACGGCAACCCUGGCCCCAACGCCCACAGGCUCUUCACCCUUCAUCAUUCCACCAGAGGAGGGCAACAAGGCAGGGGUCACCAGCCCCAGUAAGGGCGUCCCCGGGGAGGAAGGGGAGGGUGCCAUGGCCGUGGCUAGUUCAGCUUCUGGAGGAGGAACUGCUUUAGGAGGGGCAGGCGAUGGAGCAGAGAAGCCGAGCAAAAUUGGUACUCCUCGAGGGUUUAGGGAGCUAAAAGAGGCUCUGAAGAUUCUGGAGAGCCUGAAGAACAUGACUGUCGAACAACUCUGGACCGGUGGAUCGCCAACCUCGCCAAUCUCUGCCGAACCCACGUCCACCACUAACGUAGCGAGCUCAUCAGUGCCUGUGGUCCCUGAGAAGCCCACCAAGGAGAAACGCUUCCUGGAUGACAUUAAGAAGCUGCAGGAAAACCUGAGGAAGACACUAGACAAUGUUGCCAUAGUGGAGGAGGAGAAGAUGGAAGCCGUGGUUGAAGCAGGAGGAAGUGGAGGAGCGGGCACGGAGGGGGAGCGAGCAGGAGAGGAGAGGCCCCAGCAGGAGCCCCAAACACCAGUGAGUGGACCGGAAUGGCCCAGUGACACGCCAGUACUGUGCCAACAGAGUGGAGGCAAGCCUGGGGUCACCUUCACUAGUGCCAAGGGAGAGGUGUUCUCUGUGCUGGAGUGGGCACCAGACACGCACACGUUUAAGAAAAUGGAGUUUCAGCCAGCAGAGGCUAAGAAGUUCUUCAGCACAGUGAGGAAGGAGAUGGCUCUCCUGGCAACCUCCCUGCCUGAUGGCAUUAUGGUCAAAACCUUUGAAGAUCGCAUGGACCUGUUCUCGGCUCUGAUCAAAGGGCCGACCCGCACACCCUAUGAGGACGGCCUGUUUCUGUUUGACAUCCAGUUGCCCAACAUUUACCCGGCAGUGCCGCCUCUCUUCCGCUACCUGUCGCAGUGCAGCGGCCGCCUCAACCCCAACCUGUAUGACAACGGGAAGGUCUGUGUCAGUCUGCUGGGCACCUGGAUCGGCAAGGGCACUGAGAGAUGGACUAGUAAGUCAAGCCUGCUACAGGUUCUUAUCUCCAUACAAGGCCUAAUACUUGUCAACGAGCCAUACUACAAUGAGGCUGGCUUCGAUAGCGACAGAGGCCUCCAGGAAGGCUAUGAGAACAGCCGCUGCUACAACGAGAUGGCACUGAUCAAGAUGGUGCAGUCGAUGACCCAGCUACUCCAGAGCCCUGUGGAGGUCUUCAAGCAGGAGAUCCAAGAGCACUUUAUGUCGAGUGGCUGGCGGCUAGUGCAUCGUCUAGAGAGCUGGCUGGACCUCCACGAGGCCACCGAGAGAGGACGGGCAGCACAGACGUCCGUCAGGGCUCAGCCUUCAAAGGACAGACCUCCAUCACUGGAAAAUGCGGAUGAGCUACUGUCCAUCGGGUCGGCACCGGUGGCGGUGGCCCACAGUAGCCCCAAUAAGCCUAUGGAGGAGGGACUUACAGAAGGGCUUGGUAGCAAUAUUGUGGAGGAAGAGCUGGAGGAUUCAGGGUUGAGCCUCUCCACUAUGGCCACCUCCCAGCAGGAGCUGCGUCAGAACACAGACUGUGAUUGCAUGCCUGCCAGCAACUCCAUCGGAGGCGGCUCUGUCAGUAUGGUGGCACGCGGCGGGGUAGCAUCAGAAUCAAGCUCUGUGGCAGCAGGGACAGGAAGCCAGCCUGUGGUGCGACCAAAGAAGCGGAGAAAGAGCUAUAGGAGUUUCCUCCCAGAGCGCAGCGGCUACCCGGACAUCGGUUUCCCACUUUUCCCUCUCUCCAAGGGAUUCGUGAAGAGUGUCCGGGGGGUGCUGUUGCAGUACCGGGCUGCACUGACCGCCGCUGGCAUCCCGGACAGCACUGAGGACAAGUAAGUGCCUCCACACGGCUCCCUGCCUCCCUCCUCAUCCUCUCCUCCACCCUUCACCUCCCACCGCGCCUGAUUCUGUGGAGGAGGUUUUGUGACUUUCUCUGGUUAGGCGGAGGAUGGGUGACCUCCAAUCUCCAGUCCUCUAUGCUACUUAUCCAGAGCUGCACUGUGCCCCUCAGC